AACAACUUCGAUUGGACCCCACGAGCGUUCAUGCGGCAUCGUUUCUGCUUAGGAAGUGGAACGAGUAUCAAAAAGAAAAUAUCAUUUCCAUCUCUCACAGAAAGAACUGCGAUUUGUUCAGGCGAAAAAAGAAUGGCUUUUUCUGCACCCCUUAUGCGAUUCAGUUGCGUCUCUCUUCUCCACAGUAAUCUGAAUAAUCCCUUUCCUUUACCUUUUUCUGGGCUCCCCAAAUCCCUCUUUGGUUGUGGUGUUUCCCUCAAACUCAAUGGGAGUUCAGUGUCUGGGAGAAGAAGAUUGAGUGGUGACAGUGUCAGUGUUCGUGUGAAUGCUUCAUUGGUGGAGGCUCCAGUUUUGUGGGUUGGAAGAAUAUGCAUCUUCUAUGCCCUUCUUAAAGCUGGCUUGGCUGGAUCUCAAGCCAAUCCACUUGUCUCAGAUUUGGAAAUUGGGGAGAGUAAUGAUGAAUCUGGAGUUCCUUCUGGUGCUGCUGACUUGGGUUUCUCUAAAUGGGCCCAAACCAUACUAGGAAAACCAGCAAAGGAAGCUCCUAAUGGAAGGAAAUUGGUUAGCAAAUGGCAUCCUACCACAAAGGGUACACUUAGAAGAAACUAUAGAGUUCCAUCCAAGUCAGAAGGGCGACGAGUUCUUAAAGCUAUUGCAUCUCUAUUAUCUGAUGAUGACCACUUUGUUGAUGCCACUUCUCACAAGGGUUGCCAAAUACGAAGGGAGAGUGCACAUGGAGAAAGUGUGUGUUGCAACAAUGUGAGAGCUCUUUUUGAUGAGCUUCCAACUCCACAUAUCAUUGUGGAAAUCACCCCUUUCCCUGCUGGACCACUUACGGAUAAGGAUUACAUUAAAGCGGAGAAACUUGAGAAGACUCUGAGAUCUAGUCCUUCUGUGUGAUGUCUUUAAGGUUGUUUUCAUGUACAUAGCUUGUAAAUACUGAUAAACAACAAUUUUUAUGCUUUGAACUCUUCAAUAUUUUAUUUUGAAGUGAAUGAUAGUAACAAAUCAGAUAUGAGUAUUUAUUUUCAUAUA